UUGAUUGUUGUAACACUAGCCCUCACCAAAUCCUAUUAAAUUCUUCUACCCAUUCCUCUGUUCACAUUCAAGAUUUCAACUUUAAUUUCAUACUCUCACCCCUUUACAGCUUAUGCCACUCCUGCUUUUUUAAAUUUAAAUCCCCUGAUUCUGCACCAUCUUAUCCGCCAUGGAUUGGUUCUUCAAGCUUUGCUUCGCUGCUUUUCUCACUGCAGCCGUUGCCAUUGGUACAACUCAUGGGCUAACCAUUAUCUCCGGCACUGUGUUCUGUGAUCAGUGUAAAGAUGGCAAAGUUUCCCUCUUUGAUUAUCCAGUAUAUGGAAUAAAAGUGGCAAUGGCUUGUCCAGAUGGCAACGGGCAAAUGACAACACGGGGAGAGGAAGCUACGAAUUGGUUAGGAGGUUUCAACAUGAGAUUUGAUGGCACCCAAGAUUUGAGCAACUGUUUUGUGCAGGUUUCAGGGAGUAGCCAACCGUCUGCAACCUGCGGGGCAGGUGGGGGUCCAGCCAAGCCUCUAAAGCUAAUGUUCAGGAUGUUUGAUAUGGAAAUGUAUGCAGUGGAACCUCUGAUUUCUCAGCCUGCCCAGCCGAUGUCCUUCUGCCCAUCUUCUUCUGUGCCCGCGCCAAUCACUCCUUCGCCUGUAACACCUGCACUCCCGCCAUUGCCAAGCUUACCCCCAAUGCCUCCAUCCCCAUUUCUGGAAGCUUCAGCCUGCCCAUACCAGAAAUGGAUGAUGCCAGAAUACAGAUGCUACUGGAAGGUUCUGAGUCCUGAUGCAAAAGUGGGGGUUGUUUUCGGGCUGCUAGCCGCCCGGAAAUAUGGAACAGACAUGACACUUUGGGAAGGGAUGACAGGAAGAGGGGAGCCCUACAGGACACUGCUAAGGGAAGGAACAACAGCCCUUCUCAACUCAUAUAAUACCUUACUGUUCCCAUUCCACCCUCUGGGAGUCGUGGAACGAAUGAAUUGGGCAUUGAUGGGAUCUACACAGCAAGUCCUCCACACUGCUCUCAGUUUCAUGAGAGCAAACUCUGGAACCUCUCAGCCUACUUCUACCUGCAGAUUCACUUCUUGCACCACAAAUUCUUGAUAUACAUAGUACGUGUAUUCUACUAUACCGUCGAUUUCUGGGCUUAUGGCUUGUAAUGUUGGGUUAUACUAAUACUCAAUAUAGAUCAUUAUUGCUGAUAAAUAUUUGUUAUGGUUAUUGUUGUGUAUGGGCCAAAAUACUCAUUUAUGUGAGGUCCUUUUACUGAUAAUGAUGGUUUAUUAGUGUUCUUGUGUCAUCAUCACCUUUAAUUUGUCCGUGAUUAAUGUUACAAAGAAGUGAUUUCCCUUUUUGUAUUAAA